CAUAACCUAACCUCUAAUCGAUAGAAAGACAUGCGGACAAGGUGAAACCCUAACUGUAACUGUAAGCGUUGUAAACCCUAAUUUUAAGCGGCAACCCUAUAUCACCUUAUAGAUAGAAAGACAGUUGCUUGCUACAGCUCAGUUUGACUUGAACUUAAAGUCUUCACUUAAAGAGUGACAUAGCUACGAUGUGAAUUUCAUCACAGACUAGUCAAGGAAUCGAUCAUCAGGCAAUUUGAUGGAGGUAGUCCUGAUUUUCGUUCCUCUUCUGAUCAUUUCAUUUUUCCAGUCAUCUUCAUCUUCUAUACUCCCAAAAUCACCUUAUCUUGGAAUCCAUCCCGAAGAUGAGAAGUAUUAUUUUGAGUCGCAGUUGAUCCAAUGCAAAGAUGGAUCUAAAUCUUUCACUCGAGAUCGUCUUAAUGAUGGUUUUUGUGAUUGCAUAGAUGGUACCGAUGAGCCUGGUACUCCAGCUUGUCCGAGGAGCAAAUUUUAUUGCAAAAAUGUAGGAAGUACACCACUAACAUUGUUCUCGUCUCGGAUAAAUGAUCGCUUCUGUGACUGUUGUGAUGGAAGCGACGAGUACGAUGGCAGCAUUGAUUGUCCAAAUACAUGCUUCAAAAACGGGAAUGUUGGCAGGAAAAACCAUGAUUAUAUGUCAAGUAGAAUGCAUAUGAGCAGUUUUGAUCUGCAGGGCCGGGAAAAUACAACGAAUCUGGAGGAUCUAAUUCAGAAACUAAAAGAUUUGAAGAUAGUUUUCAUCCUAGAGGUGGUUCUGGUUAGUAUGGUAGCUUUCUAUCUCUUCCGUCAAGACGUGUCCCUAGUCACAAGCGACCAAAGGGACGGUUUGGGACCCCUAACUUAUGAGGGCAGAGGGCUGGCAAGAUUUUUAUUUUCUUCAUUUUGUUCAAUCCUGUAAAUAUAUAUACACAGAAUUCUUGAACAAUGAAUACACGCAAUAGCAAGAUGAUUAAAAGUUUGAAAUUGCGAGGCAUUUGGAAUUGUUUAUA